AUGGAAAUGAGGAAGGUUUUCUUGAUAUUUCUUUCUUUUGCUGUGUUUAUGGUAGCGGCGAAUUGCAUUGAUUUCACUGAAGGGGACUUGACCACAGACGAGAGCCUGUGGGACUUAUACGAAAGAUGGAGGAGCCACCACACUGUGUCACGUGACCUCGGCGAAAAAAGGAAACGAUUCAACGUCUUCAAAUACAACGUCCAAUACAUUCACAAAGUCAACCAGAUGGACAAACCUUACAAACUAAAGCUCAACAAAUUCGCCGACAUGACCAACCACGAGUUCAAAACCGGUUUCGAUUCAAAGAUCCAACACUUCCGAGCACUCAAAGGCGAAAGGCGCACCACCCCAUUCCGCCAUGAGAAAACCACCGACCCACCACCGUCGAUUGACUGGCGGCAAUACGGGGCAGUCAACCCUGUCAAGAACCAAGGCCGGUGUGGUAGCUGCUGGGCGUUUUCGACAAUUGUCGGGGUGGAGGGUAUUAACAAAAUCAAGACGAAUACUCUGGUUUCUUUAUCUGAGCAAGAACUUGUCGAUUGUAAUUCUGAUAACCAUGGAUGCGAAGGAGGGUUCAUGGAAGACGCAUACGAGUACAUCAAGGAAACCGGCGGGGUUACAACCGAGCAAAUCUAUCCUUACUUUGCACGUAACGGGCUUUGUGAUAUAUCAAAGAGAAACUCGCCUGUGGUAAAAAUCGAUGGUUUUGAAAACGUACCAAAGAACGACGAGACGGCGUUGUUGAAAGCUGUAGCGAACCAGCCGGUGUCGAUUGCUAUUGACGCGGGUGGUCUUAAUUUCCAAUUCUAUUCCGAGGGGGUUUUUAAUGGAAUCUGUGGCACGGAGUUGAAUCAUGGUGUGGCGAUUGUGGGGUAUGGAACGACUCAAGAAGGGACGAAUUACUGGAUUGUGAGGAAUUCAUGGGGAAGUGGGUGGGGUGAGCAAGGUUACAUUAGGAUGCUGCGAGGGUUUAGUGAACCCGAGGGGUUGUGUGGGUUAGCCAUGGAAUGCUCGUAUCCUAUCAAGGUGUCAUCGGAUAAUCCAAAAAGUGUGUCUAAAGAUGAGCUCUAG